GAAGCAGAUCUCAAAUGAGUUUGCUCUCACGGGUGAGCGUAUUGAUUGAGAUUUUGAGUGUGAGUCUAUCAACACUGUCUUUGCCUGACUUUUACAUGCUUUGGCUAAGGGCCAUAAGCGAAGUGCGAAAGGUCACCGGUAAUCAAUUCGUUCCUGGCUUGCUUACUUCGCUCAAUACAAGGCUAACAACCCUUCGAGGAUCAAGGGCCUUCAAAAUGGCUCUUUUCCUUGAUCCACGAUUCAACUAUCGUGGAUCAAAGUUUUUCUCACCUGAGGAGAAAAUGGAAAUUAUGGGGUACAUCAACGAAACAUGGCAGCGGAUUCGCCAACUACAAUCGCCAGCAUCCACUUCAAGCACAAGGAACGAAUCUCUGUCAGAGUCCGAACGAAAUGAUGAUUUUGAUGAGUAUCUCACUGAGAUGUACGGUGGCUCUGUCAAUACUGAUGGAGAACCCAGCGAGACGAAGUUUCUACAACAACUACAGUCACUGGACUUGGAACCACGCCAGAAUUCUAACUACAACGUUUGGGACCACUGGUUGCGACGUAAGACAACACAUCCCGAGUUGUAUGCUGUGGCCAUGGUUGUGUUGUCCACACCAUCAAACCAGGUCUCAGUAGAAAGGGCCUUUAGUGUUCUUGGUCUAGUGUUGAGCAACCUUCGCACCAAACUCGCCGAGGAUACAUUAACCAACAUACUAUUAGUAAAGUUGAACAAAGCUCUAUUCCCGCAGGCUAUUGCGACGGCCUACAACUGGAAAGAAGUCGAAAGAAAUUAGAUCACUGUUUGAUGAUUGAAUGUUUUUUUCACAAACCCUUCAUAAACCCUCGAACAUAUAUAAAAUAUAUUCAAACACACCCCAGCAUACAACAUUAUUCCUCGAUUAUUUUUUCAAACCUUUUUUUCGUCGUGUACAUCGCGUAAAACUUGUAUGCAAUCAAGUCGCAUUAAUACAUUCAAAUAGUAUUUAGGUUUCGAAAAUUGAAAAUCUUACUUACGUAGUUUUGUGAAUCCGAAAAUAAAACGUUUUAAAAGCGAAAACCGAGUAGGUUCAAAAUGAAAUGUGUCAAAUUUUGUUUGCGAAAUACGAUAAAUCGAUAAUUAAAUUUUGCUUUUCAGAAAGCCUUAAGUAUAUUCUAACUCUUUUUCGAGAUUUCUCUUUCAUAAACGCAAUAUGCACAUUCAGGUCCCUUACGAUUAUGCUUCGUAUUUGAAUCUGAUGGUCCGUGGUAUGAUGAGGACUGGUAAAUUUUGAUAGAUGGCAUUGUGUUGUAAGAGACAUGUCUGUAUUGUAUAUAGAAAAGUACAGUAUUGGACAAUAGAUUUGCAAAUUUUUCGAUUUUCGACUUUGGUGAGCUGGAACUCAGAAACUUUAAUUUUAACAUAUAUUACAAGUUUUCUUCAAUUACAAGUUUAAAAGAAAUAACAAUUUGACUAAAUUGAAAUUUUCGACACAAUAAUCAAAACAGUAUACAGUGAAACCUCCAUGA